AGCGGACCGGAAAUGCACCAAUAUUAUGUUCCGUUUCGUACCCGCCCCUUUUAGAGCAUGUAAGCUAAUGGUUGUUUGCUGUUUAUUUGUCAUUUAUCUUAAACAACAUGGAGCAUCAACACAACAUGGACUCAAAGGAACCCUCUCUUUACGCACCGACCAGCUCCUUGGUAGAUAUGUCACGAAGCACAGAGGAGGACUCUUUGGUGGACGGACCUCUGAUCUCUGCUGACGUCCUCCACUCUGCCAUCAGCAGGGAGUUUCAGGCCGUACCAACACCCUGCCAUGCCGCCCUGCUGUCUCUGCUGCAUGUUGUGUACGUGGUGUUAUCAAUGUGUGUGGCGCUCUUGUGUGUGUUAGAAUUUGGGGAAAAGGACGUGUGCGCGAGUAUUCUAGGUAACGUGCGAGGCGACAGUGUCAUUGUCUUUGGGAAGGUGUGUUUGUGGGUGCUGGUGCUGCUGUUCACUGGGUGCGUGCAGCACCACCACAGCCAGGCCAGACGCAGAGGGUACCUGCGGUUCUACAGACAGACGCAGGGGCUGAAGCACCUGACGCUUACCGUGCACUCUGCAGGAAACGUUAUUCUGCUGGUUGUUCUGGCUUCGCAAUUAUCACCGACUCUGCAAACCCAAAUGCUGAUCGGCAUCCUGGGGGCGGAGCUCUUGUUUGCGUUGCCGUGCCUCAUCUAUUACACAGUCCAAGUGAUGCGGUUCAACCGCGAGCGAGCCGCACCAGAUGUGAGCCAGGAGGAGGACUCGCUCAGCCACAGUGUCGGCAGCCUGCCGAGGGAGACCGGCUUCAGAGAGGGCUCCAACCUGCACGAGGUGGUGGAGAAACAGGCCGACCUGAUCGAGUACUUGAAACAGCACAACACCCUGCUGAGCAAGAGGCUGCUCAACCUCUCCGCUCAGCACUGACCGCAGCCCGGCCUCCACCUCCUCCUCCUCCUCCCUGUGGGCCGGAGCCAGAUCCCCUAAACGCUCCACUCUCUGGACACAAAGGAGAAAGGAUGGGGGGGGGUCUGUGGGUUUGAGAGAGACGACGAGAAGCUGGAAGAAAAACACGGUAUAAAAGACUAAAAGCACGGAAAUCCUUGUGCACGCAAGCGAACGGGCACGAGGCGGGAGGGCUUCUCCGCGACGCACCUGAGACGGAAAGAUAAAGCAACAGGAGGAGGAGGUGGGCCGUAAGUGGGGGGCAGUUAAAGAGGCAAAGUGGGAGGAGGAGCAGAGCAGUCAUGGGUCACAGAUCAGAGGUGAGGUUUUUUUUUUAACUUUUUUUUUUUAUAACUGUAGAAACCUCCAGUGACCCGUGUAUGCCACCGCUUUUUAAGAGAAACAGGAGGCGAAACCGUUUUAGAUCAUCUGCAGUAAGAGAUGCUGGAGAGAGGUUUUAAAUCGUCACGGUAACGUAAUGCUGUGAUUGUUGUAUUUUAUCUGUCCGAAUGUGUAAAUGCUUUGUUUGGAAGCAACUUUUUUCUUUUCAAUUGUUGAGUUUGUGUAUUUGUGUGAUAUUUAAUAAACACAUUUUUGUGGAACUCCAAGCGAGUGUCAACAUCG